AUUCUUCUACAAAUUACCAAAUUAUGAGAUUCCUGCAUUUUUGAAUUUUCAAAAUCCCAAUGAUCCAUUUAUCGAUUCGAACAAACGCGAUUGUUCGAUACUAUCGAUUACUGCGAAUUACCGACAUAUAUCGAUUAGUAUAUUUACGUAUCGAUGAUGUUGAUCAGAACGCUGCCGGUGCCACGCGUACUAGCAUCGAAACUUAAUUUAACCUAAAAAGAAACGUCAAUAAGAGUUGAAAAAUGACUGCAUUAACGGUUAUAGGAAAGUUUUGGCAAGAGUACACGAAAGUUACACCGAAGAGGCUUAAAAUAAUAGAUGCUUAUCUACUUUAUGUGUUUCUCACCGGUGUUAUACAAUUCAUAUAUUGUUGUCUUGUCGGCACGUUUCCUUUUAACAGUUUUCUUAGCGGAUUUAUUUCUUGUGUUUCGUGCUUCGUUCUUGGAGUUUGCUUGCGACUACAAGUGAACCCUCAAAACAAAAAUCAGUUUUACGGAAUAAGCCCUGAGAGAGGAUUUGCAGAUUUUAUUUUUGCUCACGUGAUACUACAUCUUGUCGUAAUGAACUUCAUUGGUUGAAUUGAUAAUAUUUUAUUUGUACAAAUGUUUAAUAAAAUAUUGCAACUAUAACAUUAUUACAUUCAAACCUGUUAUUAACACGACUGUCAGAAUGUGAUAAGAAAUCUGUCAAGGCAUAAAACAAAUUUUACUUUUAUUUAUGCAAAGUACAAUUUUACAAUGGAUAUAAUACAGUUAAAUAAAUUAUAACUAUGAUGUUUUUCUCAUCUCUAUCAUUCUAUGCGUUGUUAAAAUAUUAUCUUUAAUAAAGAAUGUUCAUAAAUUACAAGUUUUGUAUUAAAAUAUUCUAUAUCAAAUGUUUGCGAAUACUAAAUUUGAAACUUUAUGUUCAUAUAAUAAUGUAUAUCCUUUUCAGUUAUAUGGUUCCAAGCAAAAGAUAGCAAAGGGUAUUUAAGAAAAAAAUACUCCAUGAAAGGAAUUUUUUUAUUUUACAUAUUCUAUUUUGAGUAUUUUUUAUAUGCGAAACAUCACUUAAUUUUAUAUUUUAUUAACAUUUAGACAUAAUCAAAAAUAGUGCUUUUCGUGGCAAAUAAACAUUCCUAAGAAAUAUUCUGGCAGAACUUGUAAUAAAUGUUAAAAUACUAAUUAAGAAAAAAGGGCAAAACUUUACUGAUUAGGUUCUAUUAAAGAAUAUUUAAUUUGUAGAUGUUCAUAUUUUAAACAUUACUUUCUCCAACAAUUUCAAUAUUUACUCACAAUUAUAUAUAUUACCUCUAAAAUUAAACAUUAAAAUAAAAUUAAUAACAAAAACUGUAGUAAUCGUUCACUAUUCAAAUGCUAAAUGUUUUCAUUCUUUAUUUAAUUGGAAAAAAAUGAAAAAGGAGAUAUUAUAUUCAACAAUAAAUUCUUAUUAUUAUAGCAGUCCUCUAAUCCACCAAUGAGUAUAUGAUUCACAACCAGUCAAUAUUAAUUGCAAGAAUCUUCUAUUCUUAAGAAAAAUUAAUUUUCUUACGAAUAGAAAAUCAAGAUUUCCAAGAAAACCUAUUUUUUAAAGAAAAUGAAAAUAAAAAAAUUGCUAAGUAACUCUUCCUUGAAAUUAGUACAACUUUGUUAAAAAGAUUAUGUUUUAACAAAUAUCCAAGGACUUUGUUUUGCAACCUAAAAUUGAAUAAUAGGAAAACGUAUUUUGCAUGAAACACAAGACUUUCAAAGAUCGUGUUUCUUAAUAAUUAUUUUAAUAAAUAAAGAAUAAUUAAGCGAGUAAUACUUUUAAGUUAAUUCUUCUUAUUAUUUUUAAUAAGGAAUUAUACUGUUAAUACUUUUUAAGUUAAUUGUCCUUAAUUUUCUUAAGAAUAAAAUGUGUAUAUGUAUUCUUAAGAAAAAUAUUUAUCCAAAAGAAAAUAAUAAAAAAGAAAUGAAAAUAUUCAAGAAAACUGUUUCUAAAAAUUGAACAAAAGAGGAUCUUAAACGAGUUAACAUUACAAUUAAAAAGACAGAUAUCUAUGAGAAUACAAAGUGAAAUAACUUCUAUGAAAAUCAAGAAAGGAUUUUAAAAAAAUUAUAUAUCCAAAAAUUACCUUCUUUAAGUGGGAUGAAGAUUAAGAUCACUGAAAAAUUCUUAGGAACAAACACACAUAAUAAAGAACAUACUUUUCUCAAAAGCAACAUGAAGAAGUAGGAUACAAAAGUAAAAUAAAAGAAAAAAAAA